CAACAACACUCCUUAACUAUAACAUUGGUUCUUCAGCGACAAUGACAAGCAUAUCCAGGAACACGGAUAUCGACAAAUCCCCCAGUAAUACCUCGCCUCUCCCAGAAGAACACAAAGACACGUCGGUGGUGGCGCCAACAUCAUCCGCCGACAAGCUCGGUCCGCCCAACCAGCCCGUUCCCCGGGUACGGCCACGAACAGUUAUAGACGAAUACAAUGAUAAGGUACGGGCUUACAGAGAAAUUGAUCUCCCCGAUGAAUGGGCGCCAGUAGACAUCGUGCGCGCAUAUGUCAUGGCUGUGCUGCACAUGUUUUAUGCGGUACCGCGAGACGAAGCGGACGCGGUUGCUGAGAGAUGGGAAGGGAAACGUGGUACGCAUUUCCGCGCUCUCAAGUCCGAAGAAGAAUUUGCAUGAAUAUUUGGAGACAAGUAUGGGUCCUGGCUAUGGGAUCAUCAUGAGGUGCGCAGGAUCAGACAAGAACGUAAUGCGGCUAGCGAAAUGAUCUUUUUCAAAGGUGUCGGCAUUAUAGCUAUUGUAUGUUUUGCAAUCUUCUGCUAUUUUCAAUACAACUGA